CACACGGCGCAUAACGGACCCGCAGACCUGCCUCUUCUGUCUGUAAAUGAUACAGUUAACGGACUCGUUCGCCGAUUAUUAUGUGACAAAUGACCACAGACGUGAUUUAGGGACAUGUCUCUGGCUCAAAGGGUUUUACUAACCUGGGUCUUCACCCUGGUCUUCCUCAUCAUGCUCGUGCUCAAACUGGAUGGGAAGGUUCAGUGGAACUGGUUCCUCAUCUUCCUCCCCGUCUGGGUCUUCGAUGGCAUCCUCAUCCUCAUGCUGGCCAUCAAAAUGGCCGGCCGCUGCAAGCCCGGGUACGACCCUCGCAACGGCUCCCCGGACCUGCGUCUGCGGGCCUGGUACCUGACGGCCAUGCUGCUCAAGCUGGGCUUCUGCCUGACUCUGUGCGCCAAGCUGGAGAAGCUGGCCGACGUGAAGCUGACGUUUGUGUGCAUCCCGCUGUGGACCAUGUUGCUGGGAGCGCUGGUGGAGCUGGGGCUGAACAUCUUCCCUGAGAGGAGGGAGGCCUGAGCGGGUGUCAAGAAAUUGUGUUUGUACGACCGUCGCUUCGUGAACCCGGAGGACUUUGCUUCGACCCGGAGACCGAGACUCGAGUGUGAACCGAGUCCUUUCUAACUGCAGACUGUGAAAAUGGAACGAUACGCACUCAGAUCUCGUUGACGAAAGCUGUGAAGGUUCUUGCCGCAGAGCUGGGACUCUGCAUGUGAAUCACAGAAACAAAAAAAAAAAUAAUAAUAAUAAAUCAAAACAGCUUAAAAAUGGCUGUAUUUCUUUAUAAAAAAGAAGGAAAAAAUGCUACUGUGAAAAAUACACUGGAAAUAACUCCUUUGUUUUUAUUGUACAUACUUUCACACUACUGCUUUUGUGAAGAACGUCACACGGCCGGGAGAAGAGUGAACAGUAUUUGCUGAAUUUUGACUUUAUUUCAACUGCGUAACUGGUACCAAAUCACAGAGUGUACAUUUUGGUUGAUUUAAAUGCUUUGUAUUGUUGUUUGUUUGUAUUAACACACCGGCACUUUUCCCCCUUUCCUUUUCAUUCCUGACAUGUGGCCAAAUAUUAUUUUCCAUGUUAUUAAUAAACUUUUACAAAGUGUUAAUGGCAACGACGUAGAUUGUCUGCUGUAUUGUAUUUUUUUUGUAGUAUUUAAAUCACGUGACGUACGAUAUGAAAAUGUAUUUUCCGAGGGUCCAAGGCCGUGAGGCGCUCAUCUUGUAAUGUACAUAGCGAUUAAAGUGAUGAGCGUUCCGAUAGAGACGGAAGAUCUUAUCACAGACAACACGCUGUACUUGAAGAGUGUUUGAGUACGAGUGCAAAGGUUGACCCGGUUCAUCAGAAAACUUGAUACCUGCAGUCUUUUUUUAGUGCCAUCAUGUGAUUGUUCUGUUUGCUGCUUCAGUCAGACACGUUAUUUUGCACUGAGCUGACAAGAAAGUGGAGGAAAAAAAGAACGUUUUUUAAGGUCGCAUGCACAUCUUUUAACAAUAAAUGAUCGACUUGAAA